AAUUUCCUUUGCUCAACAUCUUGGAAUUAAUGUCUUUUUAAAUGGUCAGCUUAAGUGAUUCCGUGAUGUUUAUGUAACUUGACCAUUAAGAUAAUCUAUGGAGCACAAUUAUUUCAAUAUUAUUUGUCAUAAGUAAACUUUAAAAUGAACCCAUAUGUGAUAUUAUAUUGCCUGAUUAUUUUAUUUUUUAAUGUAGUCUACAUGCUCUUCUGGGGAUAUUACCCCACAUUUACCAUUCAUUGAUGUUCCCUUUGACAUUGGUAAUUGGCAUUGUCACACCAUAGUAAUUCAUGGGCAAUUAUGUAAUUCUCUCUGUGUCUAUCUCUCUCUGCAUCUGUCUGUGUGGGUGUCUCUCUCUGCCGGUGUGUUUUUCUCUAUAUGCGUCUCUCGUGUGUCUCUUUGUGUGUGCCUCUCUCUGUGUGUGGAUGUCUCUCGGUGUCUGUGUCUCUCUUUCCUUUUCCACGAUGUGGUGUUGUAUUUACAUGCAAAUUCUACCUCUAGCCCCGCCCACUUACCCUUGGGCUGAGCUUAUCUCAAGCCAAUAUAACUUCGUGUUUCAGCAGCUUUCUCGCUAUAUUUUUUCACCUGAUGAUGGUUGCUUGUGUUGCGAUCGAAACGUCGUGAUCUAUUAUUUUUUCUACCUACGUGACUUUACAGAAAGAACCAAAGAGUAUUGUGAUUGUAAUUUUGAUUGUGAUCGUUGUGGUGGAGGUGGUGAUAUUGAUGGUGGUGUUAACGAUAGCGGUGAUUUUGGUGGUUGUAAUGGUGGUAUUGAUGGUGGUAAUGGUGGUUGACUAUUACCCCUCUCGUGUCCUUACUUCCACCACCAGGUUUAAGAAUCUGCUGGUGUCUGUGCUGGAGGUGGACGUCGGAUAUCUGUGCGGUCUGGAGCGGUGGACAAUAGACUUCUGCAGCUCAACCAGGUGACUCGAUGCAUUUGUCGUGAUGGCAUCAAAAGAUCCUGCAUAUGAGAUCAUUAAAACCAACAAAGUGAAUCUGCAGAAAUACCUCCAGGCGAAGUCUUCAGAAGUGCUUGACCAUUCCUAUCAAACAGGGAUAGUCCUGGACAGUGAAUACGCGUCUCUUAACAGCGAGAAUGACCCCGUUGUGCAAACAUGGCGUCUGGUUAACCUGGUGCUCAUAAAGGGAGAACAAGUCUGCAUGAUAUUUCUUGAAGAUGUGCUCGUGCGACUGAGAUCCGAGAUCCCUCUCUUGGAUCAGUGGAUCUCACAGCAUGAGCAGCAGCUCAACGUGAUCGGUGUCGAUCUGAGCAGAACUGCGGGUAAAGCCAUCCCUGGAGCAGCUUCUCAUAAGCCUGGUGAUGAUUUCAGAGAAUUAUUGCUGAAGCUGACAUCAUUAACACGAAACUACGACGCACGACCUGGAGAACCUGCAGUGUUUUUGCUGGAGAGGAUGGUGAAGCCAAUUCUGGUUCCCUACUACCGCCAUCAAGAAACCAAGGAGCACGAGUUACUAGCGAGAGGCAAGCAGCACGAGGAGCUGAUGAAGAGAGCACAGAGAGAAGGGAUUACUUACAAGAAGCUCUUUGAUCACAUUGGAAAAAAAACACACCCCCGACUGGUUAUUGUAGUGGGGACUCCAGGCAGCGGUAAAACCAUGUUGAGCAAAUUCAUUGUGCACAGCUUGCUGUCAGGUGAGAAAGUAUUUGCACGACGCUUUGAGCACAUCGUGCUCAUAAGGUUCAGGGAGAUAAAUGAUAUUGGAGAGGUGUCACUGGCAGAGCUGUUUUCUAAGCUGCACUCAUGUUUGGGAAACAAAGCGGAUGAGGUUUUCGCAAACCAAGAGAGAACCCAUUUUGUUAUGGACGGGUUGGACGAGUUUGGAAAGCGCCUUGACUAUGCCAAUGCGUGCACUGAUCCACGUAAGACGGCAACAGUAGAAGCCAUCAUUGCUGCCCUAGUGAAUGGAAAUCUCUUGCCCAAGGCCUCGGUCUUGAUAACGACCAGACCCAUUGCCAUGGAACAACUGAGUCAAGUGAAUGUUGAUCGAGCUGUUGAAAUCACUGGGUUUUCCAACAAAGAUAAAAUAGCAUUUUUUAACAAAUUUUACCAAGAUAGGAGUCUAGCAGAAAGGGCACUCAAGCUCCUGCAGGAAAAUGAAACAGUGAAUACAUUGUCCCAGAACCCUUCAUUCUGCCAUAUAGCAGCCAUUACACUGAAGGAACAUUUACAAAAGUCUGAACAUUCUGAGAUUAUCCUCAAAUCAAUGACCGACCUCUUCACACAAUACGUGUUUGGGCUCAUAGUACACCAUGGACGUGGCAGCUGCUGUGCCAAGGAAAUUGUAUCGUCUCUUGGCAAUAUGGCUCUGAAGGGGGUUCAGCAAAACAUCCAGAUGUUCAGCCAAAAAGAUCUAGAAGAGUUUGUUGUUAGUUCUUCUGAACUAGGAAGUACAUUCAUCAACAAAGUGUUCACAUGUGAGGGCAUUAAACAAGGGAGUUGUUAUUCAUUUUCACACUUGACAAUGCAGGAAUUCUUUGCAGCGAUAGCUGUGCAUCUGUCACAUUCAACAUGGCCAGUGAAUGACGUCAUCAAGGCUAUUAAGGACAGCAAAGAUGGGAGGUUUGAUGUGUUUCAGAGGUUUUUUUGUGGACUGGCAUCAAGCACUCCAUGGAAGUUCUUUGAGGGUAUCUUGGAUCCUCCAUCUGCAGAUUAUCAAAAGGAAAUAAUCGAGUGGCUCAAUCGCAGCAUGAAGAAUCGGAUGGUUGACAAACACAGGCUCAACAGUCUCCUGCACUGCGUGCACGAGCUGCACGACCGCAAGUCCCUGAGUGAUGUCACUCGGUCCAUGACUGAGAUAGACCUGUCAUUCACAAGGCUGUCCCUGCCAGACUGCGCUGCCAUCUCCUGGAUCCUGCUGCAGCGAGAAGAACCUGUGGAGACACUCAACCUGUUCGGCUGUGGCAUCGGCACCGAGGAAAUGAAGAGGCUUCAGCGUGGACUGCACAGAUGUAAACAUCUAGUGCUGAGUGAGAACGAGAUCAGAGACAGGGGACUCCAACUUUUAGCCGACGGGAUGUUGGAGAGAGAAGGGAGUUUGGAGACGUUAGUUCUGAUAGAGUGCUCACUGACGGACAAAUCGAUCCCAGCUCUCCAUGACAUCAUGAUCACCAACAAAGCAUUGAGGAAGCUCGGGGUGGAUGGCACUCGCUUCAGUGAGGAAGGGAAGCAGGAGUUGAGGAGCAGAUGGACUCACCGAGGAGGCCUGGAUAUUUAGAUAUAAGCUGAGAGGCCGUGCUGGCCCUGCAGCAGAUGGAGCUGGUCCACGCACGACUUGAACAGCAGCCCGGCUCAUUUUACCUCCACCGCUCCGAUCGUCGACCCUGACUCUGAGACGACAAUGAGCUGGGAGCUUUCUCUGUGAGCUCCACAUGGAGCCAAGGGUGAACGCGACUCCAAGAUGCUGAUGAGUGUGGUGAUUCCAAUAAUGUGUAAUAAUGUGUAAGUGUAUUUAUGAAUAUGUGGUAUAGGGAAGCGAUGUUGGUGGCAUGUGGAAGGGGUGUCGGUGGCUUUUAAAUGGUCUGGCAGCUCACCAUUGUUUCACUGAGUAGGAAUGUUUGUCAUGAAUGUGCGUACAUAGGGGUGUGUAUCACACUCAUGCAGAUAUCCUCGUCUAUUUAUGUAUGACUUCAAUAUUCACCCUCUAUCUUUUUUAUAUUCAUGCAUUUUAACUUUCAGUUGCGCUAUGAUCGGUCUAAAAAUAAUCUUCCAAGCCGACUUCAGAUAUAAGAAAUGUACUAACGAUUGUUAUAAAGUUGUUUUACUCUGAAUUCUCUUUCAUUGCUCUAAUUGAUUAGUUUUCGAUUUUGGUGCCUCGGAUCACACUUGCAAUUGAAACUAUCCAGGUUAAAAACCUGGCUAAACAAA